AUAAUCAUAAAGCUUCUUCCUUUGUGAACCCUCCUCAAAGGAAUCCUUCUCUAAUGGCUUCGCCUUCGAUAGGGUUUCUUGAAAUCUCCAUAGCUUUCGUUUGCUUUCUCGUCUUCCAUAUCUUGCUCAACAAGAAACCUCAUGCUUGCUUCCCCAGGAACUGGCCAUUCCUAGGGAUGCUUCCUGGUGUCCUUGUCGUGUUCCACCGCGUUUACGAUUGGGCGGCCGAUGUUCUUGAGAUUUCAGACUUGACAUUUACUUUCAAGGGGCCAUGGUUUGCAGGAAUCGACAUGUUGGUCACAGUGGAUCCAUCCAACAUUCACCACAUAAUGAGCUCGCAUUUCAGCAAUUACCCGAAGGGACCCGAGUUCAAGGAAGUGUUCGAUGUUCUUGGAGACGGUAUACUGAACGUGGACUCCGACCUUUGGGAGAAUCUGAGGAAAUCGACUCAAUCGAUUUUCAACCACGAAGGGUUCAAGAAAUUCUCCUUCCUCGCCAACGUCAAGAAGCUCAAGACGGGUCUCUUGCCAUUUCUCGACCAGGCCGCAAAGGAAAAUAUGGUCGUGGACGUUCAAGACGUGCUCGAGAGAUACAUUUUCGACACGACAUGCAUUACGAUAGCCGGGUACGAUCCCGGGUGUCUCUCCAUCGAACUGCCUGAGGUCGAGUUCUACAACGCUCUGAACGAUGCUGUAGAGUGCAUCGUGUAUAGGCAUGUUAAGCCAAGAUUCUUGUGGAAGAUCCAAAACUGGCUCGGAGUCGGGGCGGAGGGGAAGAUGAGGAGAGCUCACGCCACUUUCGACCGAAUCUGUGCAAAAUACGCAUCUACGAAAAGAGAGGAGAUACGGUCGGGGAUCCAUUCCAAUGGCGAAGUUAUGGAUCUGUUGGCAUUCUACAUGAAUUCAGACGAGUCCAAAUACAAGCUCUUCGACCCAUAUGACAAUAAAUUCCAAAGAGACACCCUCUUAACGUUUAUGGUAGCUGGGAUGGGAGUGGGAUCUACUCUUACUAGACUCUUCUGGCUUCUCUCCAAGAACCCCGAGUCUCUCGCCAAGAUCCGCCAAGAAAUACAAAGCAAAUUGCCAAGAAUGGCAAAUCGCGAUGAUGAUGGUGAGAUAUCGUUUGAUCCAAAGGACCUGAAGAAGUUGGUGUAUCUACACGGAGCAAUAUGCGAAACACUAAGGCUAUACCCUCCGGUUCCAUUCGAACGCAAGUCUCCAACCAAAGAGGACGUGUUACCGAGCGGGCACAAAGUCGGCGCCAAUGAGAAAAUCCUUAUAAUCAUUUACGCGAUGGGGAGAAUGAAAGCGGUGUGGGGAGAAGACGCUUCGGACUUCAAACCCGAGAGAUGGAUCUCGGAGAGUGGAGGGCUGAAACACGAGCCUUCCUACAAGUUCUUAUCGUUCAACGCCGGUCCGAGAGCUUGCUUGGGGAGGGAAAUGGCCUUCACACAGCUGAAGACAGUGUUCGUGGAGAUAAUACGAAACUAUGAUAUCAAUGUGGUUGAAGGGCAGGAAGUGAAGUCCGUUGUUUCGGUCAUUCUUCGCAUACAGAAUGGCCUUAGAGUCACUGUCUCUAAGAGAUCGCCCUCUGUCUGAUGAGUCGAGACUCGUUUGUCUUUGAUGGGAAGCAAAAGCCUAAGUGUAACAAUAAGAUUAAUGUUGCAUGUGUUCAAUCCAAUACGUGUCUGUAUUUUAGGAGAAAGCUUAAUCUGUUAUCUUCCGUUUUGUUUUUUUCCACUCUCUCAUGAAAUUUACAAAGAAAAAGGGGUCAUUAUACAGUUGGAUUGUACGUGUGUAAUUGUUGUUUGCAUGAAGGAAAACUGCAGAUGCCUUUCUUA